AUGUCUCACAGACGCAAACCGCCAUUGCGACAGUUCACGUCACAGCAGAGCCACCAUCACGCGUCCACUGUGCCGCGUCAUGAACAGGCCUCUGUCUCGACCUCUGAGGUGCAGAGGGAUGAGGAAGUGCCCUCGGACACUGCGCUGGCAGCCGUUGCAAGCAGUUCUGCGGGUGUACCCCAAGACUCUACUCUAAAUGAAGUCUUGCAGUUUGUAAACGCCAACAUUGACGAUGUGCCUGCCUUCUUUGGUCUAAACUCGGAUAAUCCUUUGCCAGAUCGCGUCUUCGCGGUCGAGCCCAUACUGUGGUGUGCGCACCUCCAGUCCGUUACAUCAGCGUCUGCUUGGCGUCCAGAAAUAACUAGUUCCUGCACCCGAUGUGAUAAUCGCGGGGAAAAUUGGGUGUGCCUGACCUGUUAUGAGGUGGGCUUACUUGCGUCCGUCGUUAUUUCGCUACUUACCGUCUUACGGAAUACUUUACUUAAACCCCAGUAUCGCACUAAAGCCUUCGCCUUCCGCUAUUUUAAGGUCUGCUGUGGCCGGUAUGCAAGGGGGCAUAUGUUGGAGCAUUUUUCCGCUACACGCCAUCCGAUUGUUCUGAGCUUCGCUGAUUUGUCGGCUUGGUGCUACAUCUGCAACAGUUAUGUGCAUAAUGAGGUACGUCAGUUACUAGCUCUCUUUAAACCCCACCGGUUCUUUUUGAACUACAACUUCCUACUUAACGUUGAUUAUCAUUUGAUGUCAGCUUACCAAUCGGUGAUCAGCUUGAAAAUAUCUCCGUAG